AUGAAACUAUCCGCCACUACUUUAACCGUCGCUUCAUUGAUCGGUUCCAGCGCUAUUGUUUCCGCUUUGCCGUACGCGGCAGACAUUGACACUGACUGUACCACAACUGCCCACGGUUCUCACCAGCACAAGAGGGCUGUUGCGGUUACUUACGUUUACGAAACGGUCAUUGUCGAUAAAAAUGGUCAGACUGUUACCCCCUCUUCAGCCGAAGCUUCUUCAGCCGAAACUUCUUCUGCAGUUGCUUCAACUACCACCUUAGUUUCUGAAUCAUCCGUCGCUAAAACGUCUGCCAAGAGUGCAUCUUCUUCUAUGGUUGCGGAAACUGCUUCCACUACCACUACUACCUCCUCUUCCGCUCCAGCAACUUCAACCUCGCAAGAGGCCUCCGCCACUGUCUCUUCAGCAUCAGCGUCCAUAACAACAGAAGUCUCUACCGCUUCUUCGAGCGGGUCUGGCAGCAUUUACGGUGAUUUGGCGGACUUUUCAGGUCCAAAUGAAAAAUUCCAAGACGGCACCAUUUCUUGUGAUCAAUUUCCAUCUGGGCAAGGUGUAGUUCCAAUUAACUGGUUGGAGGAAGGCAGCUGGUCCGGUGUCGAAAACACGGACACUUCCACAGGCGGUUCAUGUAAGGAAGGCUCUUACUGCUCUUACGCCUGUCAACCAGGUAUGUCCAAAACACAAUGGCCCUCAGAGCAACCUUCUGACGGCAGAUCCAUUGGUGGCCUGCUAUGUAAGAACGGCUACUUGUAUCGUUCUAACACGGAUACCGACUACUUGUGUGAAUGGGGUGUUGAUGCCGCUUACGUUGUCUCCGAGUUGAGCAGUGAUGUUGCUAUCUGUAGGACCGAUUACCCGGGUACCGAAAAUAUGGUAAUUCCAACCUACGUGCAGGCUGGUAGUUCCUUGCCAUUGACUGUGGUUGAUCAGGAUACCUACUACACUUGGAGAGGUUUGAAAACAUCCGCUCAAUACUACGUCAACAAUGCCGGUGUUUCUGUCGAGGACGGUUGUGUUUGGGGCUCUGCAAGCUCAGGCGUUGGUAACUGGGCUCCGUUAAACUUUGGCGCUGGUUCAUCCGACGGUGUUGCUUAUUUGUCCUUGAUUCCUAACCCAAACAAUGGUAACCCGUUGAACUUCAACGUCAAGAUCGUCGCUGCUGACGAUUCUUCUACUGUCAUUGGUGAAUGUGUCUAUGAAAACGGUAGCUUCAGCAGCGGCGCCGAUGGGUGUACCGUUUCCGUUACUGCCGGUAGCGCUAAAUUUGUUUUAUACAACUAA